AUGCCUUCUUCAAACCGCUUCCCACCCAUCAAACCCUCAGACCUCACCCCAGAGCAGGAAGAAGCACAUGACCACAUGUCAACAGUGGCCUCGAAAUUCUUCGGAGAUACGUCUGUUCACCCCUUCCUCCUAUAUCCCCACCAAACUCAUCUCCUUCAUAGCUUCACAUACAAAAACUCAGACGGUGCAUUCAUCGGGCCGUUCGCCCCUUUGCUCUACACACCGUCUCUUUGCAAACCAUAUUUCGACCUGGUCGAAGCUCUGACUAAGAUCUCUUCCUCGAACUUACCUGCUGUUGCGAGAGAAACGGCUAUCCUGGCAACGGGAUCACGGUAUGAAUCUGCCUAUGAGAUUUAUGCUCAUGAACGAGUGGCGUUGAAGUCUACUUCUUUGACGAGAGAGCAGAUUGGUCAGAUUAAGAGCGGGGGAAAGCCAGAAGGUUUGGGAGAGGAGGCUAGUGUGGCGUUUGAUGCUACGAUGGACUUAGUGGGAGGGAAGGGGAAUUUGGGUUGUAUGCUUAUACUUGUGUGUUGUUGAAUGGAUGUGCUGUGAGUUUGCCGGAAGGGGAGAGUAUUUGGUAAAGAGUCUUUGUGGGUUAGUUUAGGAAGUUGAGAGUUGUAUGGAAGACCGGGAGUUCUUGUGGGUAUGUCCUUCAUCUGUAUUUCUACUUCCAUUUUUUAAGUUUUGAACGGUAUGCAGAAGUUUGUAUUACGGAGAAAAUCACGUAAGAACUUCC